AUGCAGGAAGCGUCGGCCGAGCCCGGCCGCCGGCCGGCGCAGCAGCAGCACCAGUUCGCCGGCGUCGACCUCCGCCGGCCCAAGGGGUACGCGCCGGCGCCGGUGCAGGAGGCUCGGGCGGUCAAGGUGGCCGAGGGCGUCGAGGGAGGGGACCCGUGCCCGCGGUGCGCGUCGCGGGACACCAAGUUCUGCUACUACAACAACUACAACACCUCCCAGCCGCGCCACUUCUGCAAGGGCUGCCGCCGCUACUGGACCAAGGGCGGCACGCUGCGCAACGUCCCCGUCGGAGGAGGCACCCGCAAGAAGCCCUCCUCGUCGACGUCGUCCUACGCGGCCGCAGCAGACGCCAACAACAAGCCGCCCAAGAAGAAGCCCGCCAGCAAGAAGCGACGCGUCGUGGCGCCGGCCCCGGAACCCGGCGCCGCCGCAGACGCCAGUGCUGCCACCGACCCCGUCGCCGCCGCUGACUCCGCCAAGACGACCACCACCACCACCGACGGCGCGAGCGAGAUCACUACGGAGACUGCUGCGGCGGCGGCCCCCGCUGCGGAGGAGGACUCCGACUCCCUGACGCACCUGCUGCUGCAGCCCGGGGCGGAGGAGGCCGUCGCGCUCGGGCUCGGGCUCUCCGACUUCCCCUCCGCAGCCGGGAAGGCGGUGCUGGAGGACGACUCGUUCGUGUGGCCCGCGGCGUUCGACCUCGGUACGUGCUGGGCCAGCGCCGGGUUCGCCGACACCGACCCCGCCAGCCUCUUCCUCAACCUCCCGUGA